GUCGAGGCGACGGCGCCGCUCCGCGUGGACCUGGCGGGCGGCUGGACGGACACGCCGCCGGUGGCGUUCGAACACGGAGGCGUCGUGACGAACGUCGCCGUGCGCCUCGACGGCCGGCGGCCCAUCGGCGCGCGCGCGACGCGGCUCGACGCGCCCGUGCUGCGCUUCCGGGUCGAGACGGCCGACGGGUCGGUGCUGGAGACGGAGGCGGCGGCGCUCGCGGAUCUCGACGACCGGUCGAACCCGCAGGCGCCCGCGGCGCUCCUCAAGUGCGCGCUCGUCGUCUGCGGCGUCGUCGACCCCCGGGGCGCGCCGCUGGACGUCCAGCUCGCCGCGGGCGGCCUCGAGGUGGCGUCCUGGAGCCGCGUGCCCACGGGCUCGGGCCUCGGCACGUCGUCGAUCCUGGCCGCGUGCCUCGUCGCGGCCAUCGGCGGCGCGGCCGACGCGGCCUACGACGUCGACGCGCGGCGCCGCGACAUCGUCCACGACGUCAUGCGCGUCGAGCAGGAGCUCACGACCGGCGGCGGCUGGCAGGACAACGUCGGCGGCGUCUACGGCGGCGCGAAGAUCGCCGUCAGCCCGCCGCGCCUCCCGCUGACCGUCGACACGACGGCCGUCCCCAUGGCGCCGGGCCUCCUCGACGCCCACCUCGUGCUCGCCUACACGGGCCGCGCGCGCUUGGCCAAAAACCUCCUUCAAUCCGUAUUACGGAAGUGGCACGCGCGACUGCCGGGCAUCACGACGACGACGGACGCGCUCGUCGCGGGCGCGCGGCGCGCGGCGGCCGCGCUCGAGGCCGGGGACCUCGCGAGGCUCGGCGCGGCGCUCGACGCCUACUGGGCCCAGAAGAAGACGAUGGCCGACGGCGCGGAGCCGGCCUUCAUCCGCGACAUGAUCGCCGCGCUGCGGCCCCGCGUCCACGGCGCCGCGCUCUGCGGCGCGGGCGGCGGCGGCUUCCUCUGCCUCAUCACGAAGCAGCCCAACGACGUCGACGCGAUCCGCCGCGUCCUCGAGGCGCACGCGGACCUCGGCGACGUGAGCCUCCACGUCGCCACCGUGGACCGCGAGGGGCUCACGCUCGCGCGGUCGUGA